UUUGGAGUCCACGUUUCUUUAUAGAUCUUUGUUUCGUCAAGUACUAAUCUGUCACUUAGAUUUAGUUUCUCUUGAUUCUUAUUUAGGACUGUCGUGAAAUUAGGUCAAAGGAUCUGAGUCCUGGAUCCACCCAAUAAAUAUUUUCCUAAAUUUUUUGUGCUUUCGACUUUUGGAUCCACAUUGUGGCUGUCAAAUUUUAAGCUUUUAAGCCCAUUUUCAUUUUUUUGUGAAGAUAUAUAGAUAUUUGUGAACUCACGGUUUCACAUAUCGAAGCCAAGUCAAAAAGGAUUUGAGGCUGAUUUCGGCUGCCGUGUAUUGCAUUGUGGGUUUGAAGGAUUUGCUCUACUUGUCCUAGGGUUUAGCCUAGGGUUUUAGCUUCAGAUUUAGUCCAGGGUUUAGUAACCAGCUCAAAUGGACCUUUUUGGAUCUGGCCGCAAGAGGCCCAGGGGUGAGACUUAUUUGCAGGAGAAUGGAGGUGCCUAUGCUGACGGCAACAGAUUCAAGCCCUUCGGUUCAACCCCAGAAAAGGAGUCAUUGCCAACAACUUUAGGAAGCAAAACAAAGGCAGCAUGCACCAAGUUUUUCAGUACAUCUGGAUGCCCUUAUGGUGAAAGCUGCCAUUUUCUGCAUUAUGUUCCUGGUGGGGUGAAUGCUGUUACUCAAAUGGCAAAUUUGGGAAGUGGAUUGGGUGCAGCUUCAAAGAAAACAUCAGGAGUAUUGCCUUCAGACCAGACAUUUCCUCCAGCAAGCUUCAAGACACGGCUAUGUAGUAAAUUUGGUACUGCAGAAGGAUGUCGGUUUGGAGAAAAAUGCCAUUUUGCACAUGGGGAAAGGGAACUUAGCAAAGGAAAUUCAGCUGCACAUGAUUUGAAAAAUGAGCGGACUCCAGGACCUUUUGGUGGCAGGCUUCUUUCCACUGGCUUUGAUGGGAAGAUUGGAGGCCGUGCUGGCUAUCGUGAGGUUACUCCACCAGCUGCAGCCACAUUUGGUCUUUCUUCCACGGCAAAGAUAAGUGUUGAUGCUUCCCUUGCUGGUGCUAUAAUUGGGAAAGGUGGUGUAAAUUCAAAACAGAUUUGUCGUUUAACUGGAGUAAAGUUAGCCAUAAGAGAUCAUGAAUCUAAUGACAGUCUAAAGAACAUUGAACUGGAAGGUGCUUUUGAGCAGAUACAGCAAGCCAGUACCAUGGUUCGUGAGCUGAUCAUACAUACAAGCAGUGCGCUGCCCCCAAAGCAAUCUUCAUUUCCUACAAACAAUUUUAAAACCAAGCUCUGUGAAAACUAUGCACAAGGCACCUGCACAUUUGGAGAUCGUUGUCACUUUGCACAUGGCAAUGGCGAAUUACGAGACAAUUCAAAAUCUGCAUGAUUAGCUUAAUAAUUUUCUGUCCAUUUUGUCUCGUUAGUUUAACAUGAGUUUUGAGUGAGCGGUUGUAGUUUUACAUUAGUGAGGAAUAGUUAUUAGUAUUACCGCAUACUAACUUGGAUGCUCUUUGUUUGCGUGAACUUGCUUAUGGCUACUGGAGGAGGAUACUCACAAAUUACUAAUUUAUUUUCAACUCAAAAUUUCAAUUUAUUCACUAAGAAUUGUGUAACUGAGACUUAUUUUGUAGAGACAUCUGCUUAUUAAGAACAGAUUUCUUAUCUA